AUGAAACUUUUGUUGGCAAAUUUCGAGGCGGUUGAGAAAAUGGCCGGAGGGAGUGAGGAGGAUCCAUUCACAAAACCCAUUGGAAGAUUGUCUGUGUUCUUUUAUGGAGUUGGGCAUAUGCUUAAUGACAUUACUGCUUCUUGUUGGUUCACUUACCUCCUCCUGUUCUUAACCCAAAUCGGUCUAUCACCAAGAGAUGCAGCCAUUGUUAUGCUCUCUGGCCAAGUUGCUGAUGGGUUUGCCACUAUCUUCACUGGUGAAUUGAUAGAUAGGUUUGGGCAUUUCAAGAUUUGGCAUGCUGCAGGAUCAAUACUGGUUGCUGUAUCUUUCUCCUCUGUUUUCGGAGGUUGUCUGCCAUGUUCGAUCCUCCAUAACGACUCUUUAACUCUCGAAACCUUCUCCUAUAGCAUGUUUGCAGCUAUCUUUAACAUAGGAUGGGCUGCUACUCAGGUUUCCCACAUGGCUAUGGUUAAUUGCAUUUCAUUGAACUCUACAAGCAGAGUAGCGUUGACUAGCUGCCGUAACGCGUUUACUAUGGUUGCUAAUCUUGGCUUAUAUGCGAUUGCUUUAGUAGUCUUCGGCGUUAUCAAAGCUGGGUCUAAAGAAAAUACCGAAACUCAGUAUCGCUGGAUUGCGUAUUCAUCUAUCACAAUCGGAUGCUGCUUUGUGAUCAUAUUUCUUAUGGGGACAAAAGAGCCGAGGAUGAGGAUAGACUUAAGAGAAACUAGCCGAGCAAGAACACCGUGGGCCUACUGGUUUCGGAAACUUCUAUACUAUCAAGUCGCUAUGGUUUACCUCCUCACUCGAUUAGUAUUGAAUGUUUCUCAGGCAUAUCUUGCAUUCUUCGUUAUAGAUGAUUUGCAAAUGGAUCAAUCCGCUAAAGCUUUGGUUCCUGCAAUUAUCUAUAUCUGCAGCUUCGUUGUUUCAGUCCUGCUCCAGGAGAUUCCGUGGAACGGGAAUCGCUUAAAGGCGUAUUAUUCAGCUGGUGGUAUUAUUUGGAUGUUCUGUGGUGCAGCCAUCCUUCUAUUGCCUAGAGACAUUAGUUCUUUCAUGUAUGCGAUCUCCGUCUUUAUUGGCAUCGCGAAUGCAUUAAUGAUGGUUACAGCAAUCAGUAUGCAGAGUGUGUUGGUUGGUGCGGAAGUCGGUGGAUGCGCAUUUGUCUGUGGUUCCUUAAGCUUCUUGGACAAAAUGUCUUGUGGACUUGCUCUUUAUGUUCUUCAGUCACACCAAAGUACUUCACCUAGAAUCCAACUGAACAAUAACCAGCAAAGCGUUUAUCUUUCGGUUACGAGAUACGGUUUAGGUCUUGUUCCAGCGUUGUGCUCGUUCGUUGGUGUCGCUGUAACGUUCUUCAUGGAGCUCGAAGCUCCUGGGUCACUGUUGAAGCCUCUGCUUCGUAAAGCUUAUCGCUUUCUCUUCAGCUCCAGGAGAUUCUGCAAUGGGAACUUCGGUGGUGACGAAACCGAUGUCGGGUUUCCUGAUAUAGAUUUGGAUUGUGGGUUCGACGAGGAAACUAGUAUCAGUGAGCACGAGAGCAUCGAUCGAGAAGAAACCUCUGUUCGGAGUAAGUUUUUGGAGAGUGCCAAGCUUGGCGCGUCUCGGGUUCUCGAGACAUUGCAGCAAGACGACUCUGGAUUCAAUACAAAGUCAGCUUUAGAUGAAUUGAAUGUUAGAGUCUCAGGUCUUCUCGUUAGGGAGGUUCUUGUAGGGAUCUUAAGGAACUUGGGUUGUGAUAACAACACUAGAUGUGCGAAAGUAGCCUACAGAUUCUUCGUGUGGUCUAAGGAACAGGAAUGUUUCAGGCACACUGUGAAUUCGUAUCAUUUGCUUAUGAAGAUAUUUGCAGAGUGUGGAGAGUAUAAGGCAAUGUGGAGAUUAGUCGACGAGAUGGUUCAAGACGGGUAUCCGACAACGGCGAGGACGUUUAAUCUGUUGAUUUGCAGCUGCGGCGAAGCAGGUCUGGCGAAACAAGCCGUUGUGCAGUUCAUGAAGUCGAAGGCUUUCAACUACAGGCCUUUCAAACACUCUUACAACGCGAUUUUGAAUUCUCUGUUAGGUGUGAAACAGUAUACGUUGAUCGAGUGGGUUUACGAGCAGAUGUUAGAAGACGGGUUUUCGCCAGAUGUUCUGACGUACAACGUCCUCAUGUGGACGAACUAUAGGUUAGGGAAAAUGGAUCGGUUCGACAGGCUGUUUGAUGAGAUGGCUCGAGACGGUGUGUCCCCGGAUUUGUAUACAUACAACAUUUUGCUGCACAUUUUGGGGAAAGGAAACAAACCGCUCGCUGCUCUUACUACAUUGAACCACAUGAAGGAAGUAGGGAUCGACCCGAGCGUCAUCCAUUUCACUAGCUUGAUAGAUGGCCUGAGCCGUGCAGGGAACCUGGAAGCGUGCAAGUACUUCCUUGAUGAGAUGGUGAGAGUCGGGUGCAGGCCGGAUGUUGUUUGUUACACCGUGAUGAUCACAGGGUAUGUUGUAUCCGGAGAGCUCGAGAAGGCGAAGGAGAUGUUCAGAGAGAUGACAAUACAAGGGCAGUUGCCGAAUGUUUUCACAUACAACUCGAUGAUCCGAGGGUUGUGUAUGGCCGGAGAGUUCAGAGAGGCGUGUUGGUUGCUAAAGGAGAUGGAGUCGAGAGGGUGUAACCCGAAUUUUGUAGUGUAUAGUACAUUGGUGAGCUAUUUAAGAAAGGCAGGGAAGCUUUCUGAGGCUCGCAAGGUAAUAAGAGACAUGGUGAAGAAAGGACAUUAUGUUCAUUUAGUUCCAAAGAUGAUGAAAUAUAGAAGAUGA